UUCACGGCCAUGGCUCGGAUAACCCACGCGCUCUUCGAGUCUGCGUCGGGCUAUGCUGUCUUCCAAACAAAACUCACGGACGAUAUUGCUGCACGCUCCGCUGCUGUCCAGCAAUCCAUCUCUGACUUGGCAAAGUUCAACAAAAUCGUUGAGCUCGUCAGUUUCUUGCCGUUCAAGAGCGCUGCUCAGGCACUGGAGAAUGCCAAUGAUGUCUCGGAAGGCAUUCUGAAUGACCACCUCAAAUCCGUCCUUGAGCUGUCGCUUUCGAAAACAUCCAAAAAAACACCCGUUUUGCUGGCUAUCUCGGAUCCUACUCUUGGAAAAAGCAUCAAGGAUGGGGUGAAUGUGAACUGCGACGCUUCGGAGGAGGCCCAGGAAAUCAUUCGCGGAAUUCGGCUCCAUGCCUCGAAACUUUUGCAAGGGUUACAGGAGGACGACUUGACCAAGGCCCAGCUUGGUUUGGGGCACUCGUACUCUCGGUCAAAGCUAAAAUUCAACGUGAAUCGCGUGGACAACAUGAUCAUCCAGGCCAUUGCCCUCCUCGACCAGCUCGACAAGGACGUCAACUUAUUCUCGAUGCGGAUGCGGGAAUGGUAUGGCUACCACUUCCCCGAGCUCGUCAGAAUUGUACCAGACAACCACCAGUACGCGCGCGUUGCUCAACUCAUUGGCGACAAGGAUACCCUGGACGAAGAAAAACUUCCCGAGCUCGCCGCAAUUCUCGACGACGACUCAACAAGAGCACAAAAUAUUCUCGACGCCGCGCGUGGGUCAAUGGGGUCUUCUCUCUCCGACAUCGACAUGCUCAACAUUUCUGCAUUCGCCACUCGUGUUGUGUCCAUAUCCGAAUACCGCAAGUCACUAGUGUCGUACUUGUCCGAGAAAAUGAACGUUGUGGCCCCAAGCUUGACCGCUUUGUUGGGCGAGCGAAUCGGUGCUCGUCUCAUCAGCCACGCUGGUAGUCUCACGAAUCUGAGCAAGUACCCUGCUAGCACGGUUCAAAUUCUCGGUGCAGAAAAGGCUCUAUUCCGUGCCCUCAAAACCAAAGGAAAUACUCCCAAGUAUGGCCUUAUAUACCAUUCAACUUUCAUCGGACGCGCUGGCCCUAAGCACAAGGGGCGGAUUUCACGGUUCCUGGCUAACAAGUGUUCGAUCGCAUCUCGUAUAGACUGCUACUCGGACAACCCAACGCCCAAAUUUGGCGAGGCUCUGCGGGAGCAAGUUGAGGAGAGGCUUAACUUCUUCGAGACCGGCGCCGCGCCGUCCAAAAAUGCCGAUGCGAUGCGCAAGGUGUUGCAGGAUUUAGCGCUUGAAGACGAAGAAGAUGACGACGAGCCAAUGCCCUUGACAACUUUGGAGCCCUCGCCCAAGAAAAAGAAGGAGAAGAAACGAAAGAGUGAAGCUAUGGAAGUUGAUGGGGAAGAGGAGCCUGCCCCGAAAAAGGUCAAACUUUCCAAGGAGGAAAAGAAAGCUUUGAAAAAAGCUGCAAAAGCAGAAGCCAUUGCAGCCGCACCAGAGGGUAAACCAGAGAAGAAGAAAAAGGACAAGAAAGUGAAGACGUAG